GUGCAAGCCUUUGCAGUGUGCUUUGGUGUCUUCAAGCUGGUUCAAGGGUCUGCCACUUUGAAGUCCUGCUUGGAGAACCUUGAAGGGACCUUGGAGUGGGUGGAGAGCAUUUCAGCAGAUUGCAGAUACAUUGGAGAGAAGGCCAGUGUUGGAGAGGAGCAGCCCAUUUCAGAGCAGGAGCAAGACUUGAAGGUCCUGGAGAACACUUGCAGGCCAGAGAUCUUGCAA